CGGCAAAUAGAUAUAAGCAAAUACCUGUCUUCAGUUUUUUUUCUUCACAAAAGUCUAAUGAAUACAACAGUAGAUAAAGUAAAAAUUUAAAAAGGAAAAAGAAAACAACCGGAAAACUAUAUGAUACUCGAACAGACGAUGUUGCCUACAACUGCAGUCAGGGGAAAACAAAAAAAGAAGUAUUAAAUAUAAAACAUAAAAAAAAAACAAAAGUUAUAUUAACAUUAGAGUGAAAAGUCAUACCAACAAACAAACACAAGAAGAGUAAAGUGCAAGUACACAUUUUUAAUCAAAUAAAAGGAAAAACACAAAAAUAAGCCAAGAGCCAAGUAUUAAGAGAAAAUUGGAAACCAUUGUAACUACACUGUCAACAGCAAUAAUUAUAAUAACAUGGCCGUGCCUGUAGACGAGGGUAUAUUGAAUGCCCUCAGGGGUGUAACAAGCCAAAGUACACGUCUACCGAAGCCAUUGCUUAUCAAAAUCUAUGUAUCAAGUUUAAAACAAGAUUUCUGUCAAGAGCGUCGUAUGCUAUUGGAAUUGGUAGGACCCGAAUUACAAUCCCUCUACGAUGAUCGUCAAAUUGAGAUUGAAAUCGUUGACAUGCAUUUCGGUACCGGUCCCCUGGAUAUAUCGCAGGUUGAAAAGGAUCCUUACAUAAUGCAUGAUUAUCUACACGAAAUUGAACUUUGCCAUCAGAAUUCGAAAAGUGUGUUCUUCUUGGCUUUAAUUGGCAAUAGGAUUGGUUAUAUGCCAUUACCCACACACAUCGAUAAUGAUAUUUAUGAACUCAUUACCUCAGACACCACCCAGUUAAUGACGGAGGAGGAACGCCAGAUACUUGAUAAGUGGUUCUCUAAACGGGAUAUGACAGAUGAAAUAAUAACAACAACAACAACAACAACAACAACGACAACGUCAACCGUAAGCGAACAUAAUGAAAAUUUUCGACAAAGUCAUCUACAACAACAAUAUGUACUUAAGCAAGAUUAUCGUAAUAUGGUAGUGGAAAAAUGGCAUGAUGAAUAUGUGCAAUUACGUGGCAUUAUUGAUAAAUGCUUACAACGUGCACUAGCGACAUCAUCGACUGCAACAGCAGCAGCAGCAGCAGGAGCAAUAACCAUAACAGGAGAAAUGCAGCAACGUUUACAAAAAUUACGUCUGACACAAAUCGAACGUGAAAUACUAAAAGCUUUGGAACUUUCCAAUGAUAAAAUACUGGCAGUCUAUCGUGAAUGGUCGGCCCAAUUGAGCGCAAAAGAUGCCGAGGGCAAUGAGCGUUUAAGAAAAUUGAAGGAUCAAUUAACCAUGAAUUUAUCAACAGACAAUUACACAACAUUGGUGGUAUCAGGUAAUUGCGAAGAGACAAUUAUUGAUCCGGAUAAGGAAGAACAUGAAUCGUAUUUAAGUAAAUUUAAAAAUAAAAUCACCGAUAAGUUGCGUAAUCUUAUCGAAGAGCAUAUAGCAAACGAUCCAGAUGUUAUCAAAGGUCGAAAAAAGACUGUACAAGAAAUUUUCCAUGAGCAUUCUACCCAUUUACGUAUACUACACGAACAUCAAAUGGCCAGAGCUGUAGUGACCUCUACUGUGCCGAGCCGUUUGAAACAAAAUCUUAUGAACAACUUUCGUAAUGGUAGCCGUCAUGCUCCCUACUUUAUAUGCGGCGCACAUGGGAGCGGCAAAAGUGCUUUAAUUACAAGUCUUUACGAAGAUGUGCCCAAUUGGUUUCAACCCAAUACACGAGUACAUCGGGUUAUACGUUUCGCUGCGGCUUCACCAAGAUCCGCAUAUAAUUUGGAAUUGUUGCGUGUAAUAUGCCAACAAAUAUCAAUCAUUUAUAAUAUACCAGAAGGCUAUCUACCCAAAGAUGCUUCUUUUGAUCCUUUAUAUAUAAAUAAUUGGUUCCAGAACUUAUUAAGACGAGUCGAAGAUAUGAACAAUCACAUUUUAUUCUUGUUUAUCGACGAUCUGCAUUUAUUGAAUCCAUUAGAUUGUGAUAUUGUGGCAGCCUUGUCUUGGCUACCCACCUCAUUGCCGUGGAAUGUUCAAUUGAUUUGUAGUUCGACUCCCCCAGUCGAACAAUUGAAAUUUACGCUUAUGCAAAAAGAUCGCUUCAAAUCAGUCGAGUAUUUGUUUAAUUUGGCUGCAGAGGAAAACGAAACCAUAUUGAAACAUCAACUGAAUGGAGAGUCAUUCGAAGACUUCUUAGAAAAGAAAUUUACUCAGUUGGAGCUUCGUUGGGGUAAGAAGGGUUUUUCACGUUUAGCCUGCUAUAUAACCUUGUCUGAAUAUGGUUUAUCUGAGACCGAACUUUUGGAAUUACUUAUGCCCGUCGAUGAUCCGGAAGCAGUGCUAGAGACAGAAAACGGAAACUUUUGCUUUUCAUCAUUAAAAAAAAUACACAAUGAAAUGAAAUUUCUUCUACGCGAUAAAAUUAUGUCAGGCAAGGUGUUAAUACAAUGGCGUUAUCCCUACUGCGCCGAAAUCACCCAUAAACGUUAUUUAGACACGGACAGUAUACGCGCCAUCCAUUGUGCGAUUUCCAAUAUAUUCUUUCCCACAGAUAACGAAGAAAACGAAGAAGAAGAAGGCUACGAGAAUAACGAAAGCAGCGAAAAGGAUGUUAGCGAUGAUAAGAAAUCUGUCAUUAGUCAAAUGUUGAAGGAAAAGGAAAAGGACAACUCAUCAAUCAGCCGCAAAUCAUCAGCUCAUCCGAAUGAUGAUACGUCAACGUUCUAUAAUCCCAUGGCAGCUGAUGUCUCCUACAGCAUGCGUCACGUAGAGGAGAGUUGGCAUCAUUUGAUGCGUUCCGAUGAUAUGGAUAAAUUUAAACAGAUCGCCGUUUGCAACUUUGAUUUCCUAUUGGCAGCGGUACAAACAGUUUCCAUUAGUUAUCUGCGAUGUCUUAUAGAACAUGUGCGCUGCUAUUUACUGGAUCGUGAUAUCGAACUCAUUUACUAUACCAUACGAAAGUCGAGUGAUGUGCUGACACGCGACCCCAUGCAACUUGGUGCUCAAUUGAUAGCUUGGCUGAGACCCAUUAGCGAACAUGAUGAAAACGAUAAUUCUUUGUUGAGCCUAACCGUGCGUUCGGCAACAGCCUGGUGUGAUGGUUAUACAGUGCCUUUGCUGGUACCGUUGACAGGUUGGUUACCCGCCCCAUUGCCUUCUCAAAUACGCACCAUGACCGUAUCAGGCACGGGACCCAUACGUGAUAUUUGCGUUGCUCCCAGCAAGCAACACUUGAUACUGACAACUAAAUCCGGUGAUGUUCAACUUUGGCAUAUAAUGAGUAACUCAUUAGAACAUAUAUUCAAAGGUCAUUUAGCAGCAGUCACGUGCUUACUAGUUGCGUCGCAAUCAGAUAUUUUGUUGACAGCUUCUGAGGAUGGUACUGUGAUUGUUUGGAACGUGACAACCCGUCAAUUGAUAACACACAUCAAGUCGCACACGUCCGCGGUGACGAGCGUCGCAGCCGGUGUUAAUAACACGUUAGUCAUUAGCGGAAGUGAGGAUACGACCAUAAUUAUCUCAGAUUUGUACGCCGGACAGAUGCUGGACGCUGUAAACGCUCUGUUAAGAGAAACUACUGGUCUCGUUUAA